GACGAACAAAAAGUUAAACAAACAACAAUCAACAUGUCACUGUAUAUUGGUGGACUCUCUGGCGAGACAUCGACAAAGGACUUGAACGACCUAUUCGCCAAGUAUGGUCCAAUAAUAAGGAAUGACGUUAAGAAGUUUAGCGGAAGAUGCUUUGCCUUCAUCGACUUUAAAGAACGACGUGAUGCCGAUGAUGCCCUCAAAGCUUUAAAUGGUAUCACACUGCUUGGAUCAAAGAUCGCAGUUGAAUGGUCAAACUCUAGAGGUGGAGCUGCAGAUAUAAAGUGUUAUUCAUGUCAACAGAACGGCCACUUUGCAAAGGACUGUCCAAACAACAAGAGAAAGAGAUCGAGAUCACGGGACAGAUCGAGGUCAAGGUCGAGAUCAAGAUCGAGCAGACGUGACAAGCGACACAGACACGAGAAGAGCAGCAGCAGGAGGGAUCGCUCAAAGGACAGGUCGAGGUCGAGGUCGCGCGACAGACAUCAUCACAGGUCGCGAUCCAGAGACAGAUCGAGAGACAAGUCGCGGGACAGGUCGCGCGACAGACACCAUCACAGAGACCGCUCGAGGUCGCGCUCCAAGUCAAAGUCCAGAUCGAGGUCGAGAUCAAAGUCAAGAUCGAGGUCCAAGGAGAGACAUCACCAUCAUCACCACCACCAUUCGUCGGACAGAUCGCAUCGAUCGAGGAGCAGAUCAAAGUCCAGGUCGAAGGAGAGACAUCAUCAUCACCACCAUCACUCGUCAGACAGCAGGUCGUCGCACAAGAGACGCGAUCGCUCAAGAGAUAGACGUGAUCGCGACAGAUCAAAGGAAAGAGAUAGAAAGGACAAGAAGAGGAGUAGAUCAAAGGACUCAAAGUCAAAGUCCUCAUCAUCGAGUAGCAGCAGCAAUAGCAACAAUAUGAAUAGUAGUAGCAACAGUAUUAGCAAUAGCACAUCCACUACCACUGGUGGAAAGAAAGUCAAUGGUAAUGGUACCGAUCAUCCAUCAUUGGACAAUGACAACAACAACAGCAGCAGCAGUAGUAACGAUAACAACAAAGACGAAGACAACAUCAUAAUAAGAAUGGACAAUGAAAGCAACAACAACAAUGACAACAGCAUAAAUUCACUUGAGAGUGAAUCAAAGACAACAAGUGAGAAUGGAACAAACAAUGAUCACAGUGAUGAUCAAAUGGAGCCAGUCGACGAGAAACUA